UAUUUAAACGUCUCAUUUUUUGUUCUGUGUAUAUUUUUCCAAUUUUAAUUCUCUGUGCUGCUGCACAUCCCACAAGGAAAAGUGUUGAAAUUCAGCAGAUCCUCUAGUAAUCUGCCUGUGAAAACCAAAGAAGAGAAAGAGCCACCAAGAAUUUUCCCAGAUCAAAUCGCAUCGCAGCAUCGCAAUGGAGAAAUCCAGCUUAACGGAGAAGAAUCACACCCAUGUGUACAAUGACACGACCAAGCCGAAGAAGCCCAAGCGUCGCGACAAGAGCGAUCUGGGUCCGGAUUUUGUGGCGCCCGACGGAGGAUGGGGCUGGGUGGUCUGCCUGGCAGCAGGUCUAAAUAACUUUUUCCUUUUCCCGGCUUUGCAGCAAUAUGGUUUGAUCUACAGGGUGCGAAUGCAUUCCCUGGGCUUUGAUGCCAAGCAAACGACAACUAUAGUUAAUGUGGUGAUGGCCAUCUCCUCGCUAGUGGGCAUUGUAAAUGGAGCCAUGUUCCGUCGCUUCACAUUCCGCCAGGUGGCCCUGACCGGCACCACGUUGGCCUUCCUGGGCAUCUUCAUGUCGGCCUUUUGCACCAACUUCUGGCAGUACAUCCUCUGUUUGUCCGCCGUCUAUGGCAUCGGUUUGGGCCUGGCCAUGGCGGCCACCUCGCUGGCUGUUAAUACAUACUUCAAGCAGAAGAGGCGCCGAGCCACUGGCUUCUCGUGGACCAUCACUGGCCUGGGUCCCAUUUUCUUUCCGCAGGUUUCGACCUUUCUGCUGGACUAUUACGGUGCCCAGGGUAGCAUUUUGAUCUAUGCUGGCAUCGCCAUGAAUGCCGUACUCUGUGCUCUCACUCUUCAGCCGGUUCUGUGGCAUGUGAAGAAGCCAGAAAAGCAGGUGGUCAUAGCCAUCGAAGGAGGAGGAGCUUCUGAAACGGAGAAAUUGCAGCCCGAUUUGCUGGAGGCCAAUGGCAAUCUGGUGGAUCCCUGGAAGGAUUACGAGUGCAGGUACUGUCAGUAUCAGAAGCGCGGCAAGCGUGGCAUCUUCUCGUCGCAGUAUCUCUUCAAUGUGGACGAUCCCGAGAGGCCGGGCUAUGAGAUCACCGAGCCGGGCACACCGAUGUUGGCAAGGGCCAACGAUGGUUGGUUUGGUUCGAAGCUUUCGCUGACCUCGGAGAAUGCGGCAGGCGGCGCGGCUAGGUAUCGCACUCGCCAGGCUUUAAUGCGUCAGGUUUCCGCCUCGCGCAGCCGCGAGAAUCUCGAUCGGUUGGAGCAGCAACAAAACAACAGAGAUGAUGGCCUGUUGUCCAAGCCGAAUUACUUUAAUCGCGAACGCGAGGACAUGGAUCGUUAUGCCAGCAAGACGAGCGUCUACUCGAAACCAGGCCAGGAUGAGCAACUGUUGCGCUGCACCUGUGCCGAGGACAAGGCGCUGCUGCAGAAGACCGCCGAAUCGCUGCAGGUUGAGCUCUCCCAUCAGCUGGCCGAUGAUUUGGCCGAGGAGGAGGCCAAGAAGCGCAUGACCUUCUUCCAGAAGGUGAGCAAAUUCUUCGAUCUGGAUCUCCUGCGUGACUUUACGUUCGUCAAUUUGGCCGUUGGCAUGAGCAUCAUGAUGUUUGGCGAAAUGAACUUCUCGGUGCUCACACCGUUCAUUCUGAAUUCAUUUGGCUACUCGGAUGGUCAGAUCUCGUUGGUAAUGUCGCUGCUGGCCUGCAUGGAUAUAUCGGUGCGAUUCCUUGCGCCGCUCGCUCUGGAGAAGGUUAAGCUGGAUAACCGGGUGCUGUUCGCCUUUGGAAUCCUCUGCAUUGCCGUGGGUCGCGUGGUGGUGUCCUUCACCAGCUCCUACGAGGUGAUGAUCGGUGUGUUCCUGCUUAUUGGCUUUGGAAAGGGCUUCCGCACCAUCUUCUCGCCACUCAUUAUACCCAGCUAUGUGCCGCUGAAUCGUUUGCCAGCUGCCUCCGGCCUGCAGCUCAUCUUUAACACAAUGUUCUCCUUCGCCAUGGGACCCAUUCUUGGUAUCCUAACGGAGGCCUUUGGCUAUGCGGCCACCAUCCAUACCAUCAACGCACUCACCUGUCUGGCCCUGCUCCUUUGGCUCACCGAGUCCGUGGUGCGACGCAUUUUGGGUAAACCCUCCAAGGGAUUGGGUCAAUAGAAGAAGCAGCAUCCUUGCUAAGGAGAGAGCAAGCUGACAAAAUCUUCAUCGGAACUGAACUACUUGGCCAUCGCAAUCCCAGUUGGCGAGAGAUAAUUCAAGCUGUAGACAUAACCUAGUCCAUCAUAUACUUCCCGAUCGAUUUGUGUGUAUAGUAUUACUUGAGCUAGCGGCGCCUGGAGUUGUCCGUACUUAAAGAUACCUAAGAAACAUAUAUAUCUCUUAACUAGCUCAUAAUCACCAUCACCGUUCCCCAUCGCUACCUUAAUUUACGGUCAAUUUUUUUUUUAGCUUUUGAUACUCUUCCCCUAGACUUAUUAAAUGUACUUAGUGAUAUGUGAUAAGUGUAUUAUUGUUCCGCAGUUGAUAAAUAUGUGUAUAUUAUAUUAUAUUAUAU